AUGGAUGAAAUGGGUGAAGAGCCAGGUAGCCAGUGUCCAGAUCUCAGCACCACUGGACCCCCAGAUGUGGAGUGUGAUGCGUGUGUUGGAAGGAAGCGUAAAGCCGAGCAGUCCUGUUUGGAGUGUGUGGCUUCGUAUUGUGAAGCCCAUCUGGAUCUGCACAACACUCUGCAUGCUGGGAAGAGACACAAGCUGGUGGAGGCAACGGAGAGACUGCAAGAGAGAACCUGCCCAGAGCACGGAAAACUGCUGGAGGUCUUCUGCCGUACAGAUCAGCGGUGUAUCUGUCACCUGUGCAUUACUGAUACACACAGGACUCAUGAUGUCAUCUCCAUUGAGGUUGAGGUGGCUGAAGCCCAUAUUAAGCUUGGGACUUUAAAGUGCGUGAUUACCGACAGAAUUAAAACAAGGCAGAAGGAAGUGCAAGAAUUAGAACAGGCAGUUGAGGCCUUCAAGACAUCAGCAGAGAAUGCAAUGGAGGAGAGUGAGAAACUCCUUACUGAGAUGAUCCACUCCAUGGAGAAGAGGAGGAGUACAGUGCAGGAACUUCUCAGAGCUCAGGAGGAGGCUGUGAUAAUGAAGGCCAAUGAACUAUUAGAUCGAUUGCAAGAGGAGCUCGCUGAGCUGAAGAGAAGAGAUGCUGAUCUUCAGUAUGUGGAACAGCUCUCUCAAGAAGACAAUGAUAUCCGUUUUCUACAGGGUGUUUCGUCUGUACCUGCUCUCCCAGCGUCCAGAGAUGCUGUUGUGUUCUUUGUCCAUCCAUACUGCUCAUUUGAGCUUUCCACUCAAGCUGUAUCAGAUCUUAUCAAACAGCUGAACCUAAUUUGCCAGUCAUGCUUUACCACAAUCUCUGAGAAAGUAAAAAAAGCAGUGAUUCUGUCAACACCAGCUCCAAAGAAACGAGAAGACUUCUUACAAUAUGCAUCCAAGCUCACACUGAACCUCAACACAGCAAACAUGACUCUCCGCUUGUCUAAUGAGAACAGGAAGGUGACCGCUGUGCCUCUGCCAGAGGAUUAUCCUGACCACCCAGAAAGAUUUGACUUCAGAGCCCAAAUACUUUGCAACGAGGGUCUACAAGGAAGCCCGCAGUACUGGGAGGUGGAGUACAGUGGAGGGUGUUGGGUGUGCAUUGCUGUGUCCUACAUUGGAAUCCACAGAAAAGGAAAGUGGGUCCUCUUUGGCAGAAACCGUUGCUCCUGGGGUUUACGCUGUGGCGUCACGUCAUAUUCUUUUUGGCACAACAAUAAGAGUUUAUCAGUUCAAUACAACCACCGUUGCUCUAGAAUAGGAGUGUAUCUGGAUCAUGGUGCUGGAGUUCUGGCCUUCUACAACGUUUCAGACAACAUGAGCCUCAUCCACAAGGUGCAGACCAAGUUCACAGAGCCUGUAUAUGCUGGGUUUGGACUGGCUGGGAAAGGCACUCGCAUAGAACUCUGUGAUUUAAAUGAGGAUAUUCUGAGUGAGAAGGCUUCUAUUAUUUGA